AUGGUCACUACUAACAUUUUAUACCUCAUCCUCUUCUCUGUGGUCAUCAUCUACUUUGUGUCCAGUUAUUUUUUUAAAAAUUAUUUAAAAAGUAAUGCUGAGGAGUCAUCCUUAAUUGUUCAUGUCGUCGUGAAUGAGGAUGAGAGCACAAAAUCGAAAGAAGAUACUGACAAAUCAUGCACUUUUCAUACAUGUUUCGAUGUUUAUAGAUGUGGAACUAGUGACAACAGGCUUAUCAAGGUAUACAUAUACAAAGAUUACAAAUACUACGCAAAAGAUGGAAGCCAGAUAAAACUAUUCACCUCCAAGCAGUUCAAACGACUGAUACACGCAUUGGAAAACAGUCCGUAUUACACAAACAAUGCCUCAGAGGCGUGCCUUCUAGUACCUCAGAUUGACCUGCUCAAUCAGGAAUAUGUGGAUUCCAACUUAAUUGCUUCGGUUCUGGAGCAUCUGCCAUUUUGGAACAAAGGGGCCAACCACCUCCUGUUCAACAUGUUACCGGGGAAAUACCCUGACUUUUUCACAUCUCUAGAGAUUAGACGGGGUAUGGCGCUGGUGGCUGGUGGGGGCUUCUCGACGUGGAGUUACAGAAAAACUUAUGACAUUUCAAUUCCUGUGUUUAAUUUCCAUACUGCUAGAGCUACUGAUGAUGAGUUACAUAAUGAUUUGUUAAUGGAAAGUUCAGAAAGGCGACGCUGGCUCCUGACAUCAUCUCAGGUACACCUGCACCGUGAUUAUAUGGAAGUUUUGAAUGGAGUUCAACAUGGUGGUAGAUUUCUCUUGCUUGAUGCAUGUAGUGGUGUUAAUUAUAGUAAGAGGUGUGAUUACAAUGAUGGCAGGGUGGAGUAUGUCUAUCCAGAUGUUUUGAAGUAUUCUGAUUUCUGCUUGGUUGUACGAUCAAACAGACUCGGACAGAUGGAGUUACUGGAUUGCUUGAUGCAUGGAAGCAUUCCAGUAGUCGUGGCGGAUUCCUACGUCCUGCCAUUCUCUGAAGUCCUUGAAUGGAAAAGAGCUCUGAUAACGUUAGAUGAAGCCGACCUACCAUCUAUACUAAACCACUUGAAAGCCAUCAACAGGCACAAAGUGAUCCAGAUGAGAGUGCAAGGGAUGUUCUACUAUAAAAAAUAUUUGAAAUCCAUGGAAGAGAUUGCGCUAACCACUUUCCAUAUUCUGAAUGAUCGGGUUUUUCCACAGUGGGCUCGAACCUAUGAAAUGUGGAAUGAAAUUCAGGUCCCGAUAAAAAAUCUGUUCACCUUACCACUGACUGUUCCCAAAACAUCUGGCUUCACUGCAGUCAUCUUAACUUACGAUCGUGUUGGUUCCCUGUUUGAAGUCAUUCAACUACUGGCCAAAGUCGACAGUUUGUUGAAGAUUGUCGUUGUCUGGAACAAUCAAGUCAAGAGUCCACCACCAGCCAGUGCCUGGCCCAAAGUUAAUAAGCUCCUGAAAGUUAUUAGAACAAAACGAAACAUACUAAGUAACAGAUUCUACCCCUAUCCAGACAUUGAAACUGAGGCAGUGCUAUCAUUGGAUGAUGACAUCAACAUGCUUACAGCUGAUGAGAUCCAAUUCGCUUAUGAGGUGUGGUGCGAAUAUCCGGACCGAAUAGUUGGGUUUGCAUCGAGACUGCACAAUUGGGAUGCCAGGACGAAAAUGUGGAAGUACGAAUCGGAAUGGACCAGCUCCAUAUCCAUGGUUCUCACUGGUGCUGCAUUCUAUCAUAAGUACUACCACCAAGUGUACACACACAACCUGCCAGCUGGAAUGAAGGAAUGGGUGGAUGCGCAAAUGAACUGCGAGGACAUCGCUUUCAACUUCAUGGUUGCUGUUAUAACAAAAAAACCGGUGAUCAAAGUUACUCCGAGACAGAAAUUUAAAUGUCCCCAGUGUCAGAACACUUCAAACCUCUCCAACGAACUAGACGCGCACAUGUUCAAGAGGUCAGAGUGUAUAAACAAGUUUACAAAGAUGUACAACUUGACUGAACCUCCGUUGAUAACUAUCGAAUAUAGAAGCGACCCCGUACUUUAUAAAAGUAAUCAAGUCCCGAAUGAAUUCUUAAAAUUCAAAGAUGUCGGCGCGCUCUGACGAGGAUGUAGUUAUGAAGAUUCGUUUGGCGUCGCUGUUUUUUUUGUCAUACAGUGUUGGUUUUAAUGUGUAAGGAGGUGCAUUUGGUUGUUGUAUCCACGACAGGCUUCAUGUCUACAUUGUGUUGUUUUUGUCAACGGUUCCUCUGCAGUCUUUUAUGUUUAAUUUAUUUUGAAAUUUUUAUGCCGUGCAUGUUCAAAUUUAGAUGUUUUUAUGUUAAAUAUAUGAAUGUAUUUAUUUGUGUGUUAACAAUAUUUUUGAUGUGUUAAAUAAUGUAAAAGUCAUUUAUGAAAAUUAUUCACAAACAAUAUGUCAUUCUAAACUUACUUCAAUGUGUUUUUAAAGCCAUUAUUUCAUUACGUUGAUCAUGUUUUAAAUGUAUAUGGGUAUGAAUUAAGACAAGCUCAGUAGAUCAAUUUUAGAUUUUCAUUCAUUUCAAUUUUGAACAUUUUAUGAACAACUAGUUCUUAUUUCUUUUGUUAAGUAACUUUUUGUAAUAACGUUUUAUCCUAAUUCAAAACUCCAUUUAUACAUGAAUAAUUUUAUAUGCAUUCAAUAAAUAUUAUUGUAAACAAACAUAGCAAAA